AAAAUCCAACCCAUCCAAGGCCCAAGCAAAUGAAGAAGCAAAGCCUUGUCAUUUGACCCAUAUGACACUACCACUACCGCCAGAACAUCUCCAAGACCCGCUAAAACCUUUCCUCUCAUGGCUUUUGCAGUCUUCAAACUCUUGAAGAGGCACCAAAACCUCGCUGCAAAUGUAUCCCCAAUCAAAUUUUACUGCAGAGCAAGGCACACUGCCAACACAAGAAAUCUCUUCUCAAGAAUCAGUCCUCUUGGGGACCCUUCUCUCAGUGUCGUCCCAGUUCUUGACCAGUGGGUUCAAGAAGGCGGAAAAGUCAAUUACUUUGAGCUCCAGCGGAUCGUUCGAGACCUCCGGGCCCGAAAGCGAUACAGGCAUGCCCUUGAUGUUUCUGAAUGGAUGAGUAGCAAAGGCCUGUGCCAAUUUUUACCCGGUGACCAUGCCGUGCAGCUUGAUCUCAUCGGUAGAGUUCGUGGUCUAGAUGCUGCAGAGAGCUGCUUUAGUAGCUUGAGUGAUGAGGAUACUAGCAAAAGUUAUGGUGCACUUCUAAAUUGUUAAGUGAGAGAAGGCCUCAUUGAUAAGUCUCUCUCUUAUAUGCAGAAGAUGAAAGAGUUGGGUUUUGCUACCUCUCUCAACUACAAUGACAUUAUGCGUCUUUAUAUACAUACUGGCCAGCCUGAGAAAAUCCCGGAUGUGCUAUCAGAGAUGAAAGAGGAGGGUGUUUCUCCUGACAAUUUUAGCUACAGAAUUUGCAUGAGCUCUUACGGAAUGAGAUCUGAUAUAAGUAGCAUGGAGAAAGUUUUGGAAGAAAUGGAGAGGGAACCACACAUCUCCAUGGAUUGGCUUACUUGUGCUUUGGUAGCCAAUUUAUACAUUAAAGCAGGUCUCCAUGACAAAGCAUUGAUCUACCUGGAAAAGAGUGAAGAGAAGGUAAAUAAAGAUGCGCUUGGCUACAAUCAUCUAAUUUCACUUUACGCAAGCCUGGGAUGUAAAGAUGACAUGAUGAGGUUGUGGAGCCUUGAAAAAACCAAGUGCAAGAAGCAAAUCAACAGGGAUUACAUUACCAUGCUUGGUUCUCUUGUGAAGCUUGGGGAGCUUGAAGAGACAAAAAAAUUGCUAGAUGAGUGGGAGUUAUCAUGUCUCUCUUAUGAUUUCCGAGUGCCAAAUAUCCUCCUAAUCGGAUAUUGUCAAAAGGGGUUGGUUGAACAAGCUGAAGACACUCUUCGAGACAUUGUCAAAAAAGGCAAGACUCCAACUCCAAAUAGUUGGGCAAUUCUUGUUGCAGGAUAUGUGGACAAGCAGAAGAUGCAGAAGGCUUUUGAGUGCAUGACGGAAGCUCUGAAUUUACAGGCAAGAAACACAGGAUGGAGGCCGAAACCUGGUGUGGUUUCCAGUGUAUUGAGUUGGAUUGGAGACAAUGGAGACAUUGAACAAGUAGAAGCCUUUGUAAGCUUAAUGAAGACUGUGAUUACAGUAAAUAGGGAAAUGUACCAUGCCUUGAUGAAGGCAUACAUCAGAUGUGGAAAAGAAGUGGAAGGGCUUUUACACAGCAUGAAAGAAGAUCAAAUAGAGGCCGAUGAUGAAAUCCUAAGCUUACGACAGAAGUAACACUGAAACGACAAGAAGGUUUUUUUAUUGGUACUUUUCCCUCUUCUAUGCUAUUAUAUAAUGAGAACUGUAGUUUUGGUGCAACUCUUUACUUAGCAUGUUAUUGGUCACAGACCUGCAUCCAUAAAACUUACAGCCACUGAAAAUUCAA